UUCGCAUCCGGUUCCAGGGCCGAUGAGAAAAGCGGAAGUUUAGUGUGUUGUUCCGGCAAGUGACAGAAUCCCUCAGCUUGCUUCGCCUCCAAUCAUGGAGCAAUUCUGGCAGCUGUGAGCAAUAGUGGACGUUACCGAUCAAACCAUCAUAUAUUCCCCGCGGGCCUGCGCUCCCUCCACCGAUCCCGUGCUCCGGCCUCUGCUAAUCUGCAUGGAGCGGCGGCCGUCGCGCUGGAUUUAUCAGGCGCGCGCGUGUUUUUCUGUGCUCGUGUGCUAAGUAUGGUCAACGCACCGUAAUGAGCCCGACAAUUCGCGCUGAAACUACCCAGGAAGGUCAAGGCGUUGUGAACGGGCCGAAGGGUGUAAGGCCGACCGAAGCAGCGAGGCACCCGCAAAGCCUUCAGGCACAAAGUCGAACUCAAGAGUACCGCAGAUUGAGGAAAAUCUCCGCCAACCAGAGCUGAGCUGAACUGAGCUAGGCUGCUGCUGGGUCAACUCGCCGUCUGAGGCACAUCUUCACUUCUCAUGAUGAAUACAGUCAGAGGUGGAGGGGUUACAUGGAGACCACAGCCAUGGAAGGAUGCAGACAGAGGUGGUGGAGAGCCUCUUUCAGACAGUGACUCUGAGGAAGAGGAUUUUCCUGAUGACUACUCCACCCCCCUGGGGGAAUAUGUAACUCAGGGGUUGAAGCAGCUUCUUGAUGCUCAGCAGUUGUGUGAUGUCACUCUUUUGGUGGAGGGAAAAAAGUUCAUGUGUCACAGAGUUCUUUUAGCAGCAGUCAGUCCCUAUUUCCGUGCCAUGUUUACCAGUCCUCUGGUGGAGUCCCGUCUUACUGAGAUCCGACUGGAGGAGGUGACGCCCUACGUUAUGGAGACCGUUAUCCACUUUGUUUAUACAGGGGAAGCAGGUCUUAGUCUCGACACAGCGGAGGAUUUGUUUGUAGCAGCCCAUCGUCUUCAAGUGAUGCCCUUGCAGGACCUGUGCUCUCGAUUUCUUUUCGAACACCUGUCUGUGGAGAACUGCCUGGGCAUGUACUCUUUGGCUCGUUCCCAUCAUGACCAGCUGCUUCUUCGGGCUUCUCUGAGGCUGGUGGGCCAGCAUUUCCCUCGAGUGGCCCGGCAGCAAGACUUCCUCCUUUUGGACCCAGGAACUCUUGGCAGUUUGUUGGAGUCUGAUCGACUGGGUGUCGAGUCUGAGACUGAAGUUUAUGAUGCAGCAAGACGCUGGGCUGAAUUCCAGCCCGCUGAUCGCUAUAUUCACAUGCCCAAUCUGCUACGCCAUUUACGCCCUGGUCUUCUGGGUCCCGAUGAGAAUCACAGAAUGAACAAGGAGCUUGGGCCUCGAGCUAGUACUGAAGGCAUGGGAGGACCGCUAAAGCCUCGAGAAGGCAUGUUCGAGAAGAAAAUAGUCUGUGUAGAUCUCAAGCCUAGAGAGGACGAGUCUUUACAGGAGAGGGACUUCACGGUGGACUGCUUUGACCCUCGUACUGGGAAAUGGGAGAAGCUGGCGGCCUUGGGAUCAUUGCUUUGCCCCGGCUGCACUGCUGUUGGAGGUCGAUUAUUUGUGGCAGGAGGUAUCCUAAGGAGUGGCCAGGUCUCGUCAUCACUGCAUGAGUAUGACGUUGUACUCAACCGAUGGAUUUCAAGACCGCUUAUGGCUGAACCGAGAGCGAUGCUGGGUCUUCUUGGCUGCGGUGGGUUUUUGUACGCUCUUGGUGGCUGCAAUCGAACCGCUUUUCUGGAUACGUGUGAAAAAUUUGACCUUAAUGCACUGACCUGGGCAUCGGGACCUCGUUUGCCAUUGCCAUUGCGCUCUUUCGCUUGCGCUGCCCUUCGAUGUCGCCUCUACUUGCUAGGUGGAACCACAUUGGAGCAGAGCAGGGCUGUGGUGCAUGCUGGCGUGCUAAUUUACCACACUGUUACAAGGACCUGGAGCCGCGUCGCUCUCGACUCUGGCGCCACCUGCCUGGCAGGAGGAGUAGCAGUGCGUGGUGGUGUUUGUGCCAUAGGAGGUUACUUGCGUGAUGCCGCUAAGUUCCUCGACGGCAACUACACCCAGGCAGAACCACUGGAUGCCACAGGACGUGUGCUGUUCUUCAGAGAGGGCCGAGGAUCAGGAGUAGAGCGGGAGGUUGCGGUCGGUGUAGAGCGAGGCGGUGGCGGAAGCGAUCGCGCACCGAGUCCUGUGGUUUUCCCAGGCCUACCGAGGCGCAUUGCUGCCGGUGGUGUGGCUAGAUGGAAACGCAGGAUUUACGUUUUGGGAGGUGAGAACGGAUCAAGAUUUUAUGACAGUGUGUACUGCUGGAAGCCUGGCUGGCGAAGCUGGGUCCAGAGACGGGAGAAACUACCCGGUGAUACCGGAGGGGUUAGCCAAUUUGGAUGUACCACCCUGAAGUUCCCCAAAAAACACAUUUUAACACGUCUCCGUGCUGCUCAGCAGAAACGGGGCAAGGAGAAACGGCCAACCAGGUCAUGCAGAGUCCUGCGGUACGACCGGGCAAGUCAGGAGGUGUGAUUUUUCAAAGAGACAAGUAGGCAUUUCGGACUCGUUUAUGCACCUACUUCUACAUCCUUUACUCAUGGUUGAUGUCUAGAUGUUUUGAAAGUCAUGAUUUCAUUUCUGCAAGCUGAACGCAAUUUUUGUUUACUAAGUAUUGAUAGAAGAUGUGCAUAUGAUUUCUUAUUUGUAAGUUCUUCACUGAUGCCCAGUUAAGGUUUUGGAUAUGGUGUCAUCUUGGAGAAUAAUAAAAAUGUUUGACUCACAGCAAGAAAACAGGUUGUAAA